AUGGCAAGAAAGAAGCGGUCUAAGGCCAAGAAGGCUAACAAUGCUGUUGUGCCUGAAGUCCAGGGCAAUGUCCAGCCCAUCACUCGACUUGGAGACCCCGGCAAUCAUGAGGAACCUGUGAAGGAGAUUCAAGAUAUGAGGCCAAUCGAUGAGCCUGUAAAGGAUUUAGAGGCUACUGCAGAUGACACGACACCUGCCCUUAAUGAACCAGAGUCUGAGUUGAGGGCUCUUGCAAGGGAUACGCUUGGCCUUCGUGAUGCAGAGUCUGAUGCCGAGAUAAGUGCGAAUGCGAAGUCUUUGGACAUCAUGGAACUUGACAGGGCAGGCAUACUCCAACGUGAGUGGGUUGAUGCAAAUACUGAUGUCUUGAAGGUUGAAACUCCUGCUCCUCCUAGUAACAUGGUUCGCAAGUCGAUUCGACCCUGGAUCGAGUGGUGCCAGCAGACUCUGCGUGAGGGUCUACUGCCCGUUGGCUACCCUUACUCGGUCUCCGAGGACUAUCUCGCCUAUCAGACAUAUGAUUCCCUCCAGGCGUUCUUCAGUACCAUCACAAGCAUGCUCUCUGAUCGUGCUCUCCUCGAGGGCCUUGGUGUCGGCGACGCGAACACCUCCACCACCUACGCGCUCCUUCUGAACGUUUUCAAGGACUGCGUCUCCCGUUUGGCCACCAUUGGCUUUGCUCAGCAAUAUGGCCUAAUCAUCGAGCCCGAGUGCAAGCGAUACCGCUUCAUGGCCGAUCUUCUGAACGACGGCGCCUUUUUUCUCAAUCUUGGCAGUCCCCUUCUUGGGCCGAUCGGCAAACCUAUCCUUCUCGCCGUGGCUGAAGGCCUUCGCGCUAUGUGCGGUGUGGCCGGCAACGCGAGCAAGGCGGCGCUCUCGAGCCACUUCGCGCUCCAGGACAACCUUGCGGAGCUGAACGCAAAGGAGGCCAGCCAAGAAACUGCCGUUGGUCUCGUUGGUCUUAUUGCCGGCACUCUUGUGGUCAAGCUUGUUCAGGAUCGCACCGCCGUUUUCUUUUUGAUGGUCGCCCUCGUCCUAGGCCACCUCUACGUGAAUUACCUUGGCGUUCGAGCCGUCACGCUCCGUACCCUCAAUCGCCAGCGUGCUACCAUCAUUUUUAGCCAUUGGAUGAGACAUAGCUCUGUGCUUUCUCCCGCUGAAGUUUCCGAGAGGGAGAACAUUCUUACUUGGAGCCCCAUCAUCAGCAAUUUUACCGGACGCAAGAAGGCGAUCGUUCUUUUCGCUAAGAACUACUAUGAGUUCAAAGAUGGUGGCCAUCCUGACAUUUGGUUCCUCCAGCGGCCCACUUUUCUCAUCACGGUCCGUUACAUUGAGAAGAGCGGUCUGUUCCGCGUCAAGAUUAUGCUCACCUAUCGAGCUGAGCCUAUCGACGCCGUGAAAGCCUGGUUCCUGGCUAUGGAGAUGAUUUGGGACCUCCCCGCGGACGGCAAGUUGAUGGACUAUGAAGGCUGGGAGCUGGCCGUCCCCAACGUCGACCCCGAUGUCGAGACAGAUGUCGACACCGAUGAUGGAGCCGAGAGUGAAUACUCUAACCAUAUCUUGAAUUUCAACCAUCCCCUGUUGUUCAAGAAGCUCGAGGCUGCCGGAUGGGAUCUUGGUACUUCGUCCAUGGAGACGGGUAACCCCGUGCGAAUCAAGAUUACUCGACGUAAGGGCAAUGAGACCAAAAAGGAUCAGUGA